UCUAAACGACAAAAACUGAGAGACACACACACAGAGAGAGAGAGAGAGUCAGAGAGAGAGAGAGAGUUUCGUAACUUAGGGAAGUUUUGUGGAGCCAUCGAUCACUGGACCGUCUUGUUUUUUUUCUGAGCCUGAUGUCAGUGACACGGCGGAGGCCUGAUCGUCGCCUGCGUCACUUUUUCAGCGGACUUGUCUAAUUGAGUUUAUCGGGAGCCUUUGCCGCUCAGCAAGGCAGCUGUGAAACUACCGUCUCUCCUCCCCGGGAAUAGACCGUAUACUCCAUCUGAGAAGAGCCUGGCCUGUGCAGCCAUGCUGAUGUAUGAUUACCCUCUGAAGACAGACAUGGAGACGUCAUUCUACUCUUCGUUAGUGAAAACCCCGGAGCCGUACGGAGUGAUCUUCCCCCAUCCCUCACCCCUCUACCACAGGCACAUGCACGCGUUCACCCAGUCCCACACCCCCAGCAACCCCACACACACCCAGCUGGAGCCGGUGGACCUGUCGCUCAGCAAGCGCUCCUCCUCCAGCUCCUCAUCCUCCUCCCCUCCCUGCUCCUCCGCUUCCUCCCCGGUCUCCUCGCGCAGCUCCCCGCCUUCGCCUUACAGCAUGGCGAGCCGCGCCUCCCCCCGCUGUUCCCCACCGCACUCCCAGCUGCGCUCCUCGCCCUCCCACACCGUCCCACCGCCCACCCCCUCGCUUCCUUAUCCUGCCAUGGUGGCUCCACUCAUCAGCUCGGGCUCAGGGGUCAUGGUGUCUCCGGUCAUGGUGCCUCUGUCAGUCCUCUACUCCUCGCCUCUCCACCUGCACCAGCCGAUAAUGGUGAGCCCACCUGUCGCCUGUGAUGACGACCAUCAUCGGAGCAGGGAGCACAAGACAGUUCACUCUACGAAGCCCCUGGAGCUGCGAGGCGACGCCCACGACCUGCACAAGCCAAUCAAAACAGAGCCUUGCCCCGAGCUCGCUCAUGACCUCCACAGCAGCCAUGAGAUGAAAUCAUCGGUCAUCAGGAUACAGCAUGAGUACGAGGGCAACAACCCAUCGGUAAUAGUUCACUCGGGCACAAAGCAUCCUCUCCCCGCUGACUCUCCAGACUCGCUGAAAAAGAGACGGAUCCACCGCUGCGACUUCACCGGCUGCAACAAAGUGUACACCAAGAGUUCCCACCUCAAAGCGCACCGCAGGACACACACCGGUGAGAAACCCUACAAGUGCAUGUGGGAGGGCUGCACGUGGAAGUUCGCCCGUUCAGACGAGCUGACGAGACACUUCCGCAAGCACACGGGGAUCAAACCGUUCCAGUGUCCCGACUGUGAACGCAGCUUCUCCCGCUCCGACCACCUGGCUUUGCACAAGAAACGCCACCUCCUGGUGUGAAACAGCAACGGAGCAACUUGAAAGAAACUACUCGGUGCUCGGUGUUUCAACGUCGGACUGUACCACUUUUUUUUCUUUUGAAGAGCUGGCCUUUGACAUGGGACAGGGGGAGUGGGGGAAAUAUUCCUCAGGGUGCAAGUUGUAGACCCUUUCACCUCAUUAGCCUGAAUAAUGAGCUGGUGUCAUCCGUCAGAUUUAUCCAUCAGUUCAUUUUGACUUUAUAACAGGAGCUUGGGUGUUGUACCAGACCUCUGAUCAGCUGUGGAAGGUCCUGACACUUUUGUUUUUCUUUAAAAAAAAAGGAGGCUGCAGCAUCUCAGCCGGCCUGAGAACAGCCGCCCUCUUGUGGCCACAGAACCAAACUGCAUCCACACCCGCUCUGUUAAAGCCGCACAGCAUGCUCAUCAAGCUUCUUUUUGCAACAUCAACUCUAGUUUCCUUGCAUGCUUUCAAGUAAAGAUUGUGGACUUAGACACACACACACACACAAACACACCACUUGCUAGCUAGGCCAAUAUAAUGUGAAACUUUCCAGAAUGUAUCAUAUCACACCUACUGUGCAUGUUGUGUCAUACAUAACUCAGCUUUCUUUCAUCAGCACAGCUACCUGGAACAUAAUGCUAAUGCUAACUCCUCCAUCAUGGAUCAACCACAUAGAAAAACACCACACACCUCAUCUGCCUCUACCAGCUUAUGCUAUGAAGUGUAAAAAAAGUAAACAAAAACAGAAAAACAGGUAGCUUAUGCUUGCUUUCUCUUGUACAUACAUACAUGCACAUAUUUAACAGCACACACAGCAGUACACAUGCACUUAAUAAAAGCAGCUCAGUCUUUUGUGCUUUUGGUAUUUGGGUUGACAAAAAACGGGCACUGUGGGUCUCAUUCAUUGUCAGAGUAAAGUGUUUUUUAUGUUUUCAUUCAGAAAUGUGAACGUUGCUGCACAGGGGCAUUAUUGUGUUAGUGUGAGGAAAAGACACCACUCGGUUGGUUUAAGGGUAGAAGCAAUGAAAUGUUUUGAGUCUUACCGAUGUUUAUGUAUCUAUGAACUAUUGUUUGGUUUGUCAUGUGACACCGUGGUAGCCUUUUUUUUAUUAUAUGACAUUUUUAUAUGGGAAAAAUACAAAGUGCAAAGCAGGGAAAUUUGCUCAUUAAUUUUUGUUUUUCAGGAGGAGAUGCGUUUUAUUCUAGUGUGUCUUACGGGACGUCUGUUUCGAAAGAAAAUGCCAUUUAAUUUGGCAUUGCUCAAUAUUGCAGUACACCCAUGUGAUCCUAAUCAAAGGCUGUAAGGUAGAAAAUAAUUUUCUAUAACACCAUCAGUUUUCUGAAUGCCAUCACCACUUUAGAGCAUGAUCUUUUUACAGCUUCUGGAGAACAAAAUAGUUUUGUGUAUAGCGUCUUUGUACAUCUCUAAUGUGCACUUUAUAUACAAACAUAUUUAUAUAUAUAUAUAUAUAUAUAUAUAUAUACAUUGUGACAAAUAAAAGGAAAAACCUGAAUAAAUGAGUGGAGAAACAUGCUCCAGUGGUGCUCCAUCCCUCCAUUAGAGCUCUAAGGUGCAAGGCCAAGGUGCAUUGGCAGCUCAUGAGUCCCUACACCUCAUUAAGACACUUUAUGUUGUUUUUUCCUUUAAUUUGUCGUCCAUCUGUAUAUGUAUAUUUAUAUAUAAAACAUUCCCAAAGCCAAACAUUUUUAAACAGGUUUUUUCUAUUCAUAGAUCUGCUGGUCAGUAGUUUGAUCAGAAACAUCCAACAGGAGUCUUGGGUCAUUUUCUAAUCAUGUAAUGCCAGAGGAAGGUUUGACCCUUUCUAACAGGCAAAUCACAUGUGCACACACAAAUACACAUACAUACCGAAUGUAGCGGCUCAACUGAUCUGCAUUUGCUCCUCGAUACUCUUUGCAAUUUUUUGCUUGUACAUGUUUUUAUAUCUCUGCAAAUAUAAGUUGUAAUAUAUAUACAUAUAUAUAUAUUUUAUAAUUGAUUAUUAGACUGAAAGGGCAAUUAAAGGUUUUUAUUAAGCAUGAUUUUGAUACUCUCAUAAUAAUGGAUAUUAUACAUUUCUAUAAUGUUGUGUCUAUAAUGAACUCUAUCUCUUUUUAAUCUAAACGUUGGCUAUUCAAAGGGAACAUGUUAAACUGUGAACGUAUAACUGUACAGGUCUAUCUGCAAUUUCGCAUUUAUUUUAAAACAGAAUAUUCAUACCACUUAAUAAACUUAUUGACAGUA